AUGGACGGGUCCGUGGUCAUGCCGGAGGACCAACUUGAUCCCCCAGCCCGGAUCUUCGAACGGCUCCGACAGCUAGGCGGCUUUACUUGGGAUGAGUCUCGAAGGCCUUUUCACUCAAGCUAUGACAACUGGCACAUUUAUGGCACAAGAUUCGUAUCGCCGUAUUCAACUACGACCACGACAACACCCUUGCAAAACCUCUCCAGCCCGCCAGCAACUAUUAAACUCGCUCCGAACCGCGCAUCACCCGGAGAUCUUCACUUGGGCUUCACCUCCCAGAGUGAAGGGAGCAGCGAGCGCUCUUCCGCUUCUCCGCCCGCCUUCUCCAAUCUAGCCACCGAUCUAUCCAACGUCGAAGAGAAGCAAAUCAUCGCACGGAUAUCUUACCAUGUCCUUCGCGAAGAACGGGCAUUCCACAUAGCCAAGAACCUUAUCGCCACCGCCGAUCCAGAGGGUAUGCACAAUGCGAAGCCCAUCGACCUCAUCCGCUUGAGCCCGCAACCAGGUGAUCGUGCGCCCAUCAUCAUAGCCAUCUACGAGCACCCAGGGGAAAACUAUCUCUUCAGGGCUCUAGAUCUCGGGCCUGCCUUCUACUACGCCAGAAAAAUCGACGAUCGAUUCGAAGCCUACCGCAAGGAUGACUUCCUUUUGGAACCUCCCAUCAGUCUAAUGUAUUUCCUAGACUUUGCCAUCGGUGCAACCCAAUGCUUGGAGAUAUUACACCAUGGCCACGGUAUGGUCCAUGGAGAAAUCAGAGCUGACGCAUUUCACUUCAACAUCGAAACAAAUAAGGUCAAGCUAAUAUCUUUUGGUUCUGGGGUAAGGUCGUUCGAACAUGGGCUCACUAGCACUGGGUGGUCGACACUCUCCAAGGAGCUCGGGGCAAAAAACAAAUUAGUUUAUAUCAGCCCCGAGCAGACCGGCCGCAUGCCUGCAGAGCCUGAUACGCGGACUGACAUUUAUUCUCUAGGUGUAUUGUUCUGGAUGCUCCUAACUCAGCAGCCCGUAUUCACGGGAGCAACGCCAUUGGAUAUCGUCCAGUGUGUGCUUAGCCGUCGUAUCCCCUUAGUAUCCAACAUUCGGACAGAUGUUCCUGAUGUUCUUGGCCGGAUUAUACAAAAAUGCACAUCCAAGACUAUUUCCGAGAGGUAUCACUCGGCUAGUGGCCUGCGUCAUGAUCUCCAGAUGGUCCAGAAAUUCUUAGGAAACGGUGAUUGGGCGGCCUUAAAGGAGUGGCACAUCGCAUCCAAGGAUAUCUCGUCCUUUUUCAUGUUGCCCACAGCUAUGGUUGGGCGCCAGAAAGAACGUGCCGAGAUCGUCAAAGUUAUUGAGAAGGUGGUAAGAGGCCAUACUAUCCCCAGUAUCGGGGCCGCCAACCGUUUCUCGGACGGCUCUGGCUUAUCGAGCGAGCUUAUAGACGGUGCCGAUGUUUCUAGCGAAGGCGCGAGUUCCGUUGAAGGGGGAACUCGGCGAAGUGGGCGAAGUGGCUCGUUCACCCAAACCAACCUGUCGGAUUCGAAACCGCCGAGAAGCGCCGUCCAAUCUUCAGUCAACGGGACAGAUUCCCAAACAAUCUCCGGCGACACGGUAUCUUCGACCCAGUCGACCUCUAGAUUAUCUAGACAAUGGGACAGGCAUCAAUCAGUAUCUUUCGAGCCCAGAACUGUUCUAGAUACCGUGGGAGAGCGCCAGACUUCUUCUCGACAUAGCGGCACGGAGACUUCUACUAGCCUUUCCAGACAACUCGGCUCGGCGAAGUUUCGGAGGCGGGGCCAGUGUGAAGUUGUUACAGUAGAGGGCGCAGGAGGCUUGGGGAAGAGCUUUCUUGUUCAGCAGGUGUUGGUCGAUGCCAGGCGGAGAGGAUAUUGUGCAACGGCCAAAUUUGACCCAGCCAGAAGAACCGCAUUUGGACCGCUCCUGAAGCUCUUGUCAUCCCUAUUCAAGCAAGUUUGGGGUGAGAGUAACACGGAAACAUUUCUCCAUCGAGCCCUCAAAGACUAUGUCCGCCCUAUCUGGCCAGUGCUUCACAAUUUACUUGGACUUCCCGAGUUUCUCCUCAGCUCGCAAGAACCGAACACGUAUCUAUCCCCUUCGGCGCAGAGCUCGGUCCAUAGCAAACUCAACAGGAUCCCCGCGAGUAGGCGCAGUUCAUCGCCUGUAAGCUCAUCAGGAAAGCCACGUCCUCAGAGUCCGCGCGUGCCAUCCCAGAGUUCGCAAGAAUUCUUACGAAGUAGUGCAUCUGCGAAAACUAUUCGUUUGAUGAAUACGUUCCUAGAUCUGCUCAGAAUAUUCACAACCCACCACUUCGUCUGCUUGUGCCUUGAUGAUCUCCAAUUUGCUGACGACGAGUCCAUGGAUUUGAUCACGCAAGUCAUCUCAGCUAGGCUGAAAAUGGUCCUAAUAAUAACCUAUCGGCCUGAUGAGCUAUCACCUGAGAAGGUCCAAAAGAUUCUCAUGCCAACAGAAACUGAAGAACAUCCCAAGUCCAGUGGCCCUAGGAUUACAAGGAUCGUCUUAUUACCCCUAACUGAGUACGAGAUCCUCCAGUAUGUAGCGUCGACGUUAUGUCGACCCCAGGAGGAUGUUGUUUCUUUAGCCCUCGUAAUCCAAUCGAAAACAGCUGGCAAUCCUUUCUAUAUGAGAGAGAUGCUGAAUGCCUGUUACCGCAAGAGAUGUAUAUGGUACGAUUAUAAGGAAAACAGAUGGCUAUUCGACCUAGACUGGCUCUUUGAGCAAUUCAAAGGCGAGGAUAACUAUGACAUCUUAAACAACGAUUUCAUCACGCGCAGAUUGAGCGAGCUUCCACCAGCCUCGCGGGCUAUCAUGGCAUGGGCUGCUCUUUUGGGCGAUGCCUUCUCAUUUGAUCUAAUAUAUCAACUAUUAAGUGCCGAUAUUGACCUCGUCGAUGAUGGGUGUUAUGGUCCGAACGAGACCCUAUAUCGCACAAAGUUUACAAAGGCAGAGGCCGUAGCAGGACUCCAGGCGGCGAUCAAUGCUUGCAUCAUCGUCCAGGGCGAGACCGACGAUAGGUUCCGGUUUGCCCACGAUAGAUACGUUCAAGCAGCAGCAUCGUUGAAAGAAUGCAAUACUCCCCCGAUGCAUUUUGCUAUCGCGCAAACGCUGUUGAACUACCAUGGAUCCGAAGUCCGGGCUAAGGAUAAUACUGCCUUACACAUCACAGAAGCGGUCGAAAUUAUCAAGGCCCGUGUCCAUGUACGCCAACCCUACCGGAAGCAUCUAAUGGAGUGUGCGGCGACUGCUGUUGUAAACGGCGCAAGACCGACUGCCGCCAAAUACUACCAUAGUGCCAUAAACCUUUUACAGCCCGAACCUUGGACGGAUGGCAUAGAAGACGUCGACUAUGACGAAACCCUUAAGCUCCAUUUGCGCGCAGCAGAAUGCUAUAUCUACAUGGGCAACAAUACUGCAGCCCAUAGUCUGGCAAAUACUGUUCUCGGCAGUGCCAGAAACGCCGAAGAUAAAGCCCCUGCCUGGCUUCUUUUAGCCAGGGCUCAAGCUCAGAAUGGGAACGCAGAGUCUUCGUUUGCCAUCCUCAGGGAGAGUCUCCGUCAGUUGAAGGUUGAUGUCGAUGAGCACCCGACCUUUGAGAAAUGUGACGCGGCCUUCAUGGAAAUAGCUACCAAGAUCAGAUCGAUGGAUCGAGCCGAGAUUCUGACUCCUCUUGGCGUCGCUGAUGCCCGUCAAGUAAUCGUUGCAGCCAUCCUUACAGAUGCCAUCAGUGCCGCCUGGUGGAGUGAUAAUCUGGACUUCUAUAACCUCGCCCUCACGCAUAUCAACCUCCAUCUAAACCUAGGCUACUUCCCUCAAUCCGGCCUAGCUUUCCUUCAUGUCGCUGUAAUUGCCUUAUCUCGCUUCAAUAUGGUCGAAUUCGCUGCAGAACUCGGCAGUCAGUGCUUAGAGAUUCUAGAGCGGUCCCGAGAUCCUGUGUCUUCGGCUCGUGGCUACAUGGUAUACGCUACAUUCGUAAGUCACAUUCGGGUUCCUAUCAGUGUUGCUGUAAAUCAUUCAGAGCAAUCGGUUGAGUGCGCUUCUACCGCCGGUGACCGUAUAUCCGUUAUUCUGAGCUUUGGGCUCUCGGCCCAGAUGAGAUUCUUCGCGAGCGAAAAUGUAGCCUUGCUAGAGUCCAUAUGCCAAUUCUGUUGUGAGGAAGUACCGGGAUGGCAUCAAGACACAAGGGGCGGUACCUUCUUAAUAGCGGUAAGGCAGAUAUGUCGCGCACUCCAAGGGAAGACAGAUACCACGACCGCGGAUGGCGUGAUGACCGAUUCGCAACACAACUCGGGUUCUUACAAGACAUGGCUGGGCUUCCAAACUCGAAAUGGUGGCCGUUCCAUUUUGAUAUACGAAAUGAUGGAAAUGAUUGCCUUAUACCUGUACGGUCAUUAUGAACAAGCAUUCGAAAUGGGGAGAAGAUGUCUCGAUAAGUUGGAUCUUGUUUGGUCUCACCGCAACACACGAUCUGUUCUCGUCUUCCACGGUCUUGCUCUCGCAGGUCUCUUACAACGCAAACUUACCGAUCCGCGAACAGCCAACACCGACUUAAACAACGAAACACAUGACACCAUUAUACAGCUCGAGGGCUUGAACAAGAAGAUUAAAGACUGGCAAAUCGUGUCAGACUCGAACUAUCUAGCUUGGUCGAAGUGGUUGGACGCUCAGAUCGCAGAGCUCCGUGAAGAUCAUGGAUCUGCUAUGCGACAUUACGAAACGGCACUGGACCACGCCUCAGAAUACAGUCUUAUAUUCGAAGAGGCCCUAGGGAACUUCUUGAUGGCGGGGUUCUUCGUCAGACAAUCAGCCAGAAGAUCUGCAACUGCGGUCUUGAGAGAGUCGGUCGCGCUUUGGCGACAACUAGGAGCAAGCGGAAUCGUACAGCGCAUCGAGGAAGAUCACGCCUUCCUUCUCCAUAGCCCCGCCCGCCAUUCAAGGACAGCAGAAGUCGCGGUUCAGACUGACUUCGCUGGAGAUUCCGCUUCUGUCACCUAUGCUGCGGACGGUGAAGAUGGGCCGCAGUCGGUGCAACCCGUGAACGAAGAAGAGAGAGAAACCCGAAUGGCUGCAUGGCGCGGUUCAACGCAGCCAGAAGCUGGUGCUGGCUUACCCGCGCUUGACAUGAUCGAUCUCCACGCCAUACUUCUCUCGUCCCAAGUCAUAUCUUCCGUCUUACAGGUUGAUGUCCUUCUUAAGACAAUGUGCGACGUUAUCCUUCAGACAUGUGGCGGGUCCGCAACACAGGCAGCCAUCAUUGUUCAGGACGAAGACGACAUCGAUGACAAUUGGUGUAUUGCAGCCAGUGGUGACUCCGAAAGAGGCGCGUCAGCUCAUAUUCAUGGACAGUCGUUGAUCGGUUCAUCGCUUGUAGCUGAGAACGUUGUUCUAUAUUGCGCUCGGUUCCGCGAAGUGGUUUUUAUUCCCGAUCUAAUUAGUGACGAAAGGUUUGGCAACGUUAGCGAGUCUUGGUUGCAGGGGAAUCCGCUGAGCAAAGCCGUCAUUGCGAUACCUAUUUGUCAUGGAGCCAAGCCACUCCUCGGUGUCCUUUACCUAGAGGGCGAGCCAGGCUCUUUCACUGACAGGAAUGUAACCGUGUUGCAAUUAUUAGUAAACCAGAUCGGCAUCAGUUACUCUAAUGCCCUUGCAAUGAAGGCCAUCGAGAAGGUAUCCUCGGAGAAUGAGGCUAUGGUCCGCAUUCAGAGACAGGCAGUUGCAAAGGCUCGAGAGGCCGAGGCCAAGGCGAAGCAUGCUGAAGCCGAAGCCAAGCGGAACGUUAAGAUCGCCGAAGAAGCUGCCAAGGCCAAGAGCAUCUUCCUCGCCAAUGUGUCGCAUGAAUUGCGAACCCCGUUGAAUGGUGUGAUAGGCAACUCUGAACUCCUAAGGGACAGCAAACUCAGCAAAGAGCAGCUCGAGAUGGCAGAUUCUAUUCGAGUAUCAGCAGAUCUCCUGCACACUGUCAUCAACGAUAUCCUGGACUUUUCGAAGAUGGAGGCUGACAAGAUGAAACUAUACAUCACUGCCUUCAAUCCUGAAGAAAUGAUGCGCGAGGUCGUUAGAGCUGCUUCAUAUAGCAACCAGGAAAAGCGUUCCAAGAAGAACGUGAAGAUCAUUCAAGAUAUCAACCUACCAUCAAUGCUCAUAUACGGAGACCCCAUACGCUUGCAUCAGGUCCUUGGAAAUUUGAUUAGCAACAGUUUGAAAUUCACCGACAACGGAUCUAUUACCAUUGGUGUCAAGGUUGAUUCUAACACGCCCGAGAAGGCAGGGCUGACUUUCUGGGUGAAGGACACUGGUAUCGGGAUCCCGCCCAAACAACUGGCUAAGCUGUUCAAGCCAUUUAGCCAAGCCGAUGCCAGCACGGCUCGCAAGUAUGGUGGCAGUGGCCUUGGUCUUAGUAUCUGCAAAUCGCUCAUCGAGAACAUGAUGAAGGGCGAGAUUAAGCUGGAAAGUCAGGAGACCGUAGGCACGACAGCCUGGUUCAGCGUCACGUUUGACAAAGCAGCAUCCGAAGUGUCGGCAGGAGAAGCUCAACCACUUCCUGCAGCACCAGCCGGUAAGAAACGUGAUGCGCCUCUGCCAUCUCCUCAGCAGCCUCCGUUGAGUCCAAUAGUGGACCUCGCACGAGUACCUAAAGACCAAAUCCGCAUUUGUAUCGCAGAAGACAAUCUUAUCAACCAGAAGAUUGCUAUCAAGUUUGUACACAAGCUUGGAUAUGAAAAGGUUGAUACUUACGAGAAUGGGCUCAAGGCUGUAGAAGGUUUACGGCAGAAAGCCAAGGAAGGGGACCCAUAUCAUGUCGUUUUGAUGGAUGUUCAAAUGCCUAUUCUUGACGGCUAUGAGGCUACUGAGCUUCUUCGAAAAGACCCUAUCGAAGAGGUACGGAAAGUCGUGGUCAUCGCUAUGACCGCUUCUGCCAUACAAGGUGAUCGAGAAAGGUGCUUGGCGUCAGGCAUGAAUGAUUACCUUGCUAAACCAGUCAAAGCAGACCUGCUUAAGAGAAAACUAGAUGCCUACACCACAGGAAAUGCCCACCCGUCGACCCCGCCGGCUAAGCACUCGCCAGAUCCCAUCCUCACACAUCCUAUACCCCCUAAAGCCGUUGCUAGUAGGCCUAGCACUCCUCCCUCUACUUUGCCCACAGCGGCCGAGCUGGACCUCAAAACCCACUCACCGCCUAUCAUCAUGCCAAUCAGGGGUGAUCUGGACCUCUCGCAAGCUUCCAGUAGUGCAUCUGGCGAAAAGACCCCCUCAGAUCAUGGCUCCAUGAGUGAGCCUGCGAACUCGUCGUCCCCACCGCCACCAGCGAAGUCGCAACAAGAAGAGUCGACCGAAGGUCAUAACCAUGAAAUUGGGGCUGCGGACACUAGCAGCAAGAGUGCCAAAGCAACUCAACCCGAAAAUCCGUGA